AUGGCCGAAACCGCAGCUGUCGACUACACUUUGGCGAACCCAGAUACUAUCACCAAGUACAAGGUCGCCGCCGAAAUCUCCCAGAAAGUCCUCAAGGAAGUCUCCGGAUGGAUCGCCGCCGAUGCCAGCAUUGUCGAGCUCUGUGAGCGCGGUGACAAGCUCCUAGACGAGGAGGUUGCCAAGGUCUACAAGGGCAAGAAGGUCGUGAAGGGCAUUGGACACUGCACCACCAUCUCCCCGAGCGCCUAUAUCACCCCGUACACACCACUCAAGUCCGACACCGAGGAAGCCGCCACGACACUGAAGGAGGGAGAGGUUGUCAAGAUUCAGUUGGGCGCCCAGAUCGAUGGCUUCUGCGCAAUUGUUUGCGACAAUGUCAUUGUUGGCGCCGCUGAGGAAGUCACCGGACGCGAGGCAGAUCUCAUUCUGGCUACACACUACGCCAACGAGCUCCUGCUCAGGUUGAUGGUACCUCCAAGCUUGAUCCCCCACAGCGAUGAGGAGGAGCAAAAGAAGGCUGCAACAAAGAAGCCCUACACCCAGAGCCAGAUGACCAACAUGCUUGAGAAGGUUGUCAAGGCCUACGGCUGCAACCUCGUCGAGAGCACUACCAUCUGGCAAUUCGACCACAACGAGAUAGAAUCCAAGAAGAAGAUUAUCCUUGCGCCUGGUGAAGGUGUCAGGGGUGACGGUCUUCCUGAGGUCGGUGAGGUGUGGGGUGUUGAGAUGGGUGUCAGUCUCGGAAGCGGCAAGGUCAAGAACAAUGGCAACAGGACUACUCUGCACCGACGUACGGCUACCACCUAUCAGCUCAAGCGUCCUACCUCGCGAAGCCUCUUGUCUGAAGUAGUCAAGAAGUUCGGUACCUUCCCCUUCAGUCUGCGACAGCUGGAGGACGAGAAGGGCGCCAAGGUUGGUGUUGUCGAGUGUGUUCGUACCGGUGUACUUCGCCAGUACGAAGUCGUCGUUGACAAGGACAACCAGCCCGUAGCUAGGGUGUUCUCAACUGUUGCAAUCACCAAGAACGGAAUGCAGCGCCUAGCUCAACCUACUGCCAUUGACACUUCCAAGUACAAGUCUGACAAGAAGAUCGAGGACGAGGAGAUCCUCAAGAUUCUGGAACAGCCUAUUGGCAAGACUUCAACAAAGAAGAACAAGAAGAAGAAGAAGAAGCCUGCCAAGAAGGCCGCUGAGGGCGGUGCCGCCGCUGAAGAGGAGGAGGACGAUGAUGACGAAGAGCCCGUCCAAGCGUCCAGGGCACCCUCGAACAACCUUCAGCGACUCUCAUUCUCGCACUACCGACCCACCACGACGGGCACGGCAUUGCGGCGUCUUGAAUUCUCGGACAACACUUUCGCCAUGCCGGCCCUCCGCAAGUCUCUCCGGGAGUCGCGCGACUUUAAAUCGCAACAAAGGUCCAGCACCACGCCCUUCGCCUCACCUACCGGCACUCCAAGCGAGCACACCAACGAGAAGAAGCAACGAUCAAUCACCGAAUGGACUGAACCCCAACCGCAAACUCUCGCCCCAUCGUUCGAAGAGCACGGUUUUGCGCGGCACGGCGUCUUGGAGAAUAUGGCCCCCCUCGGUGUGCCUCCAAAGGCAAAGGACAAACAGCGCGCGCGCGCUCUCGACGGGCCGCCCACUGCUCGACAUUCGCUACUGGGGAAGAGCGCGGUUUUUGCAGGUGACGAGGUUGGGUCUACGCCAGAAGUCACUCCAGCUCCUGAGCUCGAGCCGGACGACUCGGAGCGGCAAGAGGAGGACGAGAUGCCGGUUGGCUUUCCCAUGCUUGAAGACGACGAGGACGACGACUACGAGCCCAAGACGAAGGCGAAGAAGAAGGUGAAGGUGUCAAAAACUCCUGUCAGGGGCAAAACCCCAGUGCAGAGUAAGACACCUGUCAAUGGCAAGACGCCCGUCAAGAACGGCCACACCAAAAGCACCUCUGUUUCCGCUAGUCCAGCAGUUCAAGCUGUUUCCAUGUCAGAGCCCGUUGAAGCUGCGACUCAGCGUAUCCAGAUUGCUGUCAAUGAUGCUAUCUCCAAAGCCAACAGUCACACUGGCAAGCGCUACGUGGGCAUUGCCUUGCGGCGCGCCUACGAGCAGAGCAAAACAGACUCCGCUUUGGCAGACGCUAUCGAAUCAGUAAUUCAUGGAAAGAGCACCAGUGAACAGCUCUACCGAUUUCGCAAAUUCAUCAAGCAGUUCAAGCAGGAGGAAAAGACGAGGUUGGGCUUGAGCAAAGACAGGCGCUUUGACCAACAAGCUGCGAUGAAUCACGAUGCCUCGUUCUUCAGUCAGCAGCCAUCCCCAAGGGCCAGUAGUGAGAUCGUUCCUGAUGACUCUGUUUCGGCUGUCAACGACUACCAGGAUAGACAGUUCAUGAACUCUACAAAUUCAGCUACAAACUUUUCGCACAAAGCACUGCAAUCAGCUCUUGAUCAAAAUUCAGGCCAAGCACCGCCUCAUCCGUUUAGUACCGCACCCGCUCUUCCAGCGACUGCUGACACCUCAGCUGAGUCAACGCCGAGGAUGCAGUCCAAGUCGCCCCGAAAACGAACCGCUACCAAUGGAAGUCUGGCGCCGGAUUCUGCGAUGGAACUGGACGGAGGAAUUUCUACUACAGCACCAACUCCAGCCGCAAGGACGCCGGACACUGGGGCGAGCGAUUCUGAGCUAUCAGAUGUCAAUGAAGAGAUUGUCCAGAAAGGCCCUCCAGAGCCUGUGCAGGUCAAUGGAAAAUCUACUGCACCUGCGCCAGUUGUAGCUCCAAAGAAAGGAAAGAAUCCUGCGGCUGCACGUGCUGCUAAAAAGAUGAAAGGCAAUGCUGGGAGGCUAUUCGGGAAGCAUGCCCACAAGCUACAGCCACCGACCGCGGAGCAGCAAGCGGAAGAUGAGCGACUCAAUGAGAUGCGAAAAGCUAUGGUCGAUGAGCAGCCUAUCCGGAAACUUGAGCAAAUUCCUCCUCCCAUCUCCGAUGUCCGCUUCGAUGACGAGAUUCUUGAGACAGAGUCUCUAACUGAGUCUCAAAUCGCGGUGGGACCUCCUGUUGAUUCUGAUCAACCGCGACGCGCUGGGCGGGUUCCAAACCAUGGUACUAAGCGUAUACGAGAGGAUCCGUCACGGUUCUCAUCACCUCAGUUCGAACCGGCUGUGUCGUCGCGCCCUUCAACGCCUGCGAUGGGACCGGCACCUAAGCGGGUCAAGCUCACUAACGGACAGGGCGCGAGGACGAAACGAUCGCCGGUCAAAAACCGAGAUGCAGGACCUAUUGCUGGUGUAGCCUUUACUGGCGGUGGCGGUUCGAGACAGCUGGGGCCUGAUGACAACGACCCGGUUCCAGAUGGAGCGUUCUACUGCUACGAGUGCAACGCAAAGUCUGCUGCACCCGACGAUUCCGCGGACUCGUAUCCCAGUCUGGGUCCGCUCUUCAACAAACUCGAGCGUACCAACCCUCGCGCGUUUGCUCUGCCUUCAGACAUCCAAAAUAACUUCGAGGGCGUUUCUGCACGUCCCGAUGGCUCGUACUCUGAGGAGGUCAAGAAGUUUCCGCUGGCGAAGAACAGUGGCUAUGGCUACCAGAGACCUGAAUACACCAAGCUCAUUGAUGCUGAUCACAAAGUUAUCUUAUGCACGCAGUGCGGAGUGUCGAGUGGUAACAAGCGCCAAAUGCUGAAGUGUGACUUUUGCCACGCGUACUGGCACUUGGACUGCGUCGACCCACCUCUCGCUAACCCGCCACAUAUCAGCCUUGAAGCAUCUCAGCGGGACGCCUGGAGAUGUCCUCGACAUAUCGAACAUGACCUUCGCAGUGGUCUCCUGCUGCAGAACGAUUUGAGUUCUAAAGAUGGGGAUUCUGAGAUGGCCGAUGCCGCGCCGGUAGCUCGGGUGCCACGUAGAGUCCGAGUGCGCAAGCAACCCGAAUACGUUGAGUCAACAUUCUCACGUGGUAUGCGUAACAACGGCUUGAUUGAUAUCACAAAUGAUCCUGACGAUGACACUGAUGGCGAAGGCAAUUAUGUGUUCGGCGACAAUGAAUCUAAGGAUGUCAACUCCAAGAUCUUCCGUGUCCCCGAGAAGGGACUCAUCCUUGACUUCGUCAGCAAGGUCAAGAGCGGCCGUGUAGGGAAGAAGGUCGAAGCUCGACACGCUGCAGACACUGCAUCACGGCGCAGAGCGUCGAUGCAAAAUUUCAUCGCGUAUCCAUUCCCACAGCAGCAGGCAGCCCUGGCUCUGGCACAGUUGGCAAACAAGACGCCAGAAACGAACCUGGGUGAGGGCAAAGUCCAUGCGCUCAUCCUCGGUCUCACUUCCGAAGCUCCCCCGGCUGUCUCCUCAGCCAUGUCCAACGCAGAUCCGCCGCCGCCCUCAGCAGACGAACGCGCGCAUUUGGAGAUGCUGCAGAAGCUCAUUCAGCAACGACUUGGAGCUUGA